GGCAAAACAGCAUCCUUCCCUCCUCUCUGCUCCUCCCCUCUGUCCUCUCGGCAUCUCUCCCACGCUCCAGCGCUCAGCCUUCAGCUCCCUGGAUCCUCCCAGAUCCUCCCGGGGAACACAAACACCGCUCAGCUCUGUUUUUCUGUGUGAGCCAGCCACUUGACUCCGCGCAGCUCGGUACUUUCCGUGUGUUUGUCUACCUGCGGCAGCAGCUGCAGCAGUGGAGGUGGGCGAGUCCUCUGACCCUCUGUCGCCCACUCGUGUUCUCCAGAGGAGGGCGAUAUGGAUGGACUGCGCUUGCCUCCACUCAUAGAAGAGGCUUUGGACUCUACAGAUGAACCCAGCGAUCUGAAAGCCGACAGCAGCCCGAACAUGGACAACGAGAUGACAGCCAAGGAGAGAGGCGUCCUGGGAGAGGACAACGAGAAGGAAGAGUUGGACCAGGAACGGUCCCAAGAGGACGAAGGGGAAGAGAGGAAGCUGAGGGAAGAGGAAGGGGAAGGGGAAGGGGAAGGGCUAGAGAAGAGGAGAAAGGAGCAAGAGCUGCUGACGGAGGAGCAGGAGUUGGAGGAGCUGAAGGCCCAGGUGCUGCAGCUUCUGGUCGAGCUGGAGGAGGCCAGGGAGAUGUCCUACAAACACCAGGAAAGUUUCCAUGAGUUGCAAGGUCUGCUGGAGGAUGAGCGGCUGGCUAGCGCUCAUCAGGCAGAGGCCUUCACUCGUCAGAUCCAGAAUCUACAAGCCCAGCUGCGCUCCGUGCAAGAGGAGAUGAACAGUUUGGAGGAGGAGAAGGAGAGCGAGCUGGCCGAGGCCCAGGAGGAGCUGCGUUUGGCCCAGGAGGAGGUGCUCCUGCUGCAGCAGGCGGCGGAGGAGGCGGCUGCGGAGCGGGAGAACGACAUCGCGACGCUGCAGGAGGAGCUGUGCCGCAGGCGAGCUGAGCUGCAGCGCCUGACUGAGGAGACCCAGGAGUACGAGUUGGAGAUCACGACUCUGAGGGCUGAAAUCAACAUGAAGAGCCAGCGCAGGGAGGUCGAGAGGAGAGAGGGUGACAUGGAGCUUCUAAAGGAGGAGUGCCGUAUGCUGAGGGAGGACUGUCAGACCCUGAAGGAAAACAACAGGGGUCUCACCGAGAAGCUACAGCUGCUGCAGAGACAGAGAACAUGCUCCAGUGUCUACCUGUCACUCAAAGAGGAGGAUGCAUUGGAGGGCGAAGGGGUGAAGGAGGGCGAGGCUGGCUCAGAUGAGGUCAUGACUGGGAGUUACAUGACCAUGACCCAGUCUGAGAAUUGUCGCCUGGUGGAUGCCUCCAUUCAGAAGAACAUCUCGUUUGAUGGGAAGCCGGUGACUCCGACAAGCUGGAACGGAGGCAUCGGGGAGAUUUUCUCGCUGAGAGACCAGCUGAAACAGGCCGAGGAGAAGGCCUCACAAGUUCAGAGACAGUGCGAUGGUCUGAAGAUGGAGCUGCAGGAGCUGCAGAUUCUGUAUGACAGCAGUCAGAGAGAGAGGGCGGAGUUGGAGGAGGAGCUGCAGAGCUGUAAGGCGGAGCUGGAGAAGCUGUCAGGGGGUACUCAGAGAUUCAUCCAUCCAUCUGAGCACCCUGUUCUCUCCAUCCCCUUCAUAGGAAUGAUUGUAAUUGUGGCUGUGGUCUGGUGCUGGUUGUCGGAGCUGGCGUCCCAGAGAGCAAGGGGAGUGAGGUAGGUUGGAACUCCAUUGUGACUCUCUCUGCAGCCACAGCCCUGCUACUAGCAAUGGCUGGCUUGUUGAGAGCUCUCGUCCGGUGUUGAUUGGAUGGGACGGACGUCCAAUUUGGAACAGCCGAUACCCCCC